ACUCUCUCACUCUUUCUCUUCCUUUUUAUUGUGUUUGUUGUUUUAUGGAGGGGUUAGAUGUGGUCCAGAUUGCUGCUGCCAAUAGAGACUGUCUCAGUUCACCUCCAGUUGCUCGCCACUCCAUUCAUAAACAAAUCAGUCCAGCUCUGGACCUCUCAGCUGCUACUGAAGAACAACAAGCAGAAUUCGAUCUGUAUUUUGAAGUUUUCUCCCUCUGUCCUUUUCGCUUUCUCUGUUCACUCCUUUUUUUGAAACUUCCCUCUAUUGCUUUUUGCUCAACUCCCCCCUCACAAUUCCCUCCCUCCUCUCCCUCUCCAACUCACUCUUACUCUAGCUUCAGCAGGGCCGGACCACUGACUCUCUCCUCUGUGUGAAUCUGUCAGGGCAGCAGUGUGUAUGUGUGUGCGCAUGUCUCCAUUGGGAACACUUCUUUUUAAACUUACAGCACUCUUUGGGAGCGGUGGGCAGGCUGUUUCAGAGUGUGCGAGAGGAGAGGAGACACCCAUGGUGCUGUGAUUUGACUAAACAAACAGCCGGGCUCAGAGCAGUACCUCCUCCAGCGGUCUCCCGGGACAGCAGAGAUUAACCUCAGACUCUGAACAUCUGAGGGAUCUAUACAUCUGAGGCAGCAGCCCCUGUAGAGACAACCAGCUGGAAAUCUCUCCUCUGAUUUCAGGAGGAGGAGACCGACUGCUGGCCGACAAGCUCCUCGCACAGAGAGGCAAGACUUGUCUUUGCUUCUAGGAUCACUCUGAAGCAAAAGCGCAUUGAAGGCAUCCACCAUGAGGAGGGUGACAGCAUCCACUCUCCAUCUGACAGUCACAGUUACGGCUCUCCUGUAUUUCUGCAUGGAGUUGUGCUGCCUGGAGAUCACACCUGAUGACAAAGAGCUCGUCCUGACUGAGGGUUCUUCUCUCACCCUCACCUGCUCCAGCUCGGGGGAGACCACCUGGGAGUUCAAGAGGGACGAUGUGCCGUACUUCCAAGUGGAACAAGUUCAAAAUAGCGGUCAGAACUACAAAAUUGUGCAAAGCAGCGCCACAUCCACUGUUUUGACCCUGUGGAACGUGAGCUGGAAGCACACAGGGGUGUAUCAGUGCAUUGAUCGACAAACUGGAGAAACUAAGGAGGUGGCUGUUUUUGUCCCAGACCCCGAUGUGUGGUUCAUAGAGAGCUCCCACGGCAUGGUGACGAAGACCAGUGAGGAAACCACCAUCCCCUGUGUGGUCACCAAUCCCAACAUCAAUGUCACCCUGUAUGAGAAGGACACCGAUCUGCCCAUCAGGGGGCUUUAUGUUCCUAGUGAGGGGUACAAGGCACCGCUGGAGGACAGGACCUAUGAGUGUCGUGGAGAGCUGAAUGAGGAGGUGAAAGAGUCUCAGGCCUUCUUCGUCUUCAGCAUUGUCGUCCCAGAGGCUAUCGACGCCUACAUCAAUGCGUCAAAGACUGUCCUGAAGCAAGGCGAACCGCUGACAGUAAACUGCACAGUGCAUGGAGUGGAACUAGUAUUUUUUUCCUGGGAUAUCCCCAACAGAGAGAUUGUUGAGGUUGAGCCGCUGACAGACGUCCUGUCCGCCAUGAGCAUGCGCUCCUACCUGAUCUUCCCUCGUGCCACGGUGGCUCACAGCGGAAGCUACAUCUGCCAUGUCCACGAGGGUGUCCAAGACCAGACUGCCUCUGCCAGUGUCAACAUCACUGUGCUCGAGCGAGGCUUCGUGUUUGUGAAGCCUGCUCAGCAACAAAACAUUUCAGCCAAGCUACAAGAGAAUGUGGAGCUGAGGGUGGAGAUUGAAGCCUACCCUCCCCCUCAGGUCCACUGGAGCAAAGACGGCGCCACCAUCAAGGGGGACAAAACCAUCACAACUAGACAAGAGCAUGAAAUCAGGUAUGUCACUAUUCUCACCUUGGUGAGGGUGAGGACCGAGCAGAAGGGCCUCUACACCGUCCUUGUCACAAAUGGAGACGACGCAAAGGAAGUGACCUUUGACCUGGAGGUCCAAGUUCCCUCUCAGAUUAAAGACCUGACUGACCACCACCUCCCUGGAAAGAGACACUUGGUGACCUGUGUAGCUGAGGGGGUCCCAACCCCGACCAUACAGUGGUACAGCUGUGACAGCAUGCUCAAGUGCAGCAACCAGACAGCGGCGUGGCAGCCGCUGAUACCAGAGCCAGAGGUGCUGAGCAUCCAGACCAACGUCAGCUACACUGAGACUCGUAAAACCAGCCAGGUGCGGAGCCAGGUGACCUUCCGCAAGCCCCAGCAGGUCACAGUUCGCUGUGAGACCAGCAACCAAGCAGGACUCGUUGACAGAAGAGACGUCAAACUAGUGUCCAGCACACUUUUCUCCCAGGUGGCAGUAUUGGCUGCUGUUCUGGCCUUAGUGGCCAUCAUUAUCAUGUCUAUCAUCAUCCUCAUCGCUGUAUGGAGGAAGAAACCUCGCUAUGAGAUCAGAUGGAAGGUGAUAGAGUCUGUAAGCCAGGACGGUCAUGAGUACAUCUAUGUGGACCCCAUCCACCUGCCCUACAACCUGGCCUGGGAAAUGCCACGAGACAACCUGGUGCUGGGUCGCACUCUUGGAUCGGGAGCCUUUGGUAGGGUGGUCGAGGCAACUGCGUAUGGUCUCACUCAUUCCCAGUCCAGCACUAAAGUGGCCGUAAAAAUGCUGAAAUCUACAGCCAGGAGGAGUGAGACUCAGGCUCUGAUGUCAGAGUUGAAGAUCAUGAGUCACCUGGGUCCUCACCUCAACAUCGUGAACUUGCUAGGAGCUUGCACCAAACAUGGCCCUCUAUAUCUGGUUACUGAGUACUGUCGCUAUGGCGACCUGGUGGACUACCUGCACAGGAACAAGCACACCCUCCUGCAGUACUACGCUGAGAAGAACCAAGACGACGACUGCCUCAUCUCUAGAGGAAGCACUCCGCUCAGCCAGAGGAAAGGCUAUGUGUCUUUCGGAAGUGAGAGUGAUGGAGGAUACAUGGACAUGAGUAAAGAUGAGCCCUCGAUCUACGUGCCCAUGCAAGAGCAGAUAGACAGCAUCAAGUACGCAGACAUCCAGCCCUCUCCAUACGAGUCUCCCUACCAGCAGGACAUCUAUCAGGAACAAGGUGGUGGCGGGUUGGACCUGGUCAUUGGUGACUCUCCCACUCUCACCUAUGACGAUCUUUUAGGCUUCAGCUACCAAGUGGCAAAGGGGAUGGAGUUCCUUGCCUCCAAGAAUUGUGUCCAUCGUGACCUCGCUGCCAGGAAUGUGUUGAUCUGUGAGGGCAAACUGGUGAAGAUCUGUGACUUCGGCCUGGCCAGAGACAUCAUGCAUGAUUCUAACUACAUCUCUAAAGGCAGCACCUUCCUGCCCCUGAAGUGGAUGGCACCAGAAAGUAUUUUCCAUAAUUUGUACACCACCCUGAGCGAUGUGUGGUCAUAUGGCAUUCUUCUUUGGGAGAUUUUCACACUGGGAGGAACCCCAUACCCUGAUUUGCCCAUGAACGAGUUGUUCUACAGCGCUUUGAAGAGAGGCUACCGAAUGGCCAAACCCGCCCACGCCUCUGAUGAAGUUUAUGACAUCAUGAAGAAGUGCUGGGACGAGAAGUUUGAGAAGAGGCCUGAGUUCUCCUUUCUGGUCCACAGUGUGGGGAAUAUGCUGACAGACAGCUAUAAAAAGAGAUACAACCAAGUCAACGACAACUUCCUGAAGAGUGACCACCCAGCAGUCGCCCGCCCCAAACCCCGACUCUCCUCACCCUUUCCGAUCGCCAACCCAGCAUUCGUCUCCCCAUCACCCGUCACCCUCUACGUCCCCCCAUAUCCCUACAACCAGAGCCUGAGCCCCGGAGAAUUCCAACAAGAGGCAGACACACAGGACGUCAUUAUUACAUAUAAUGAAUACAUCAUUCCCAUCCCAGACCCCAAGCCGGAGGACGUUUUUACUGACGUGCCAUCAGAAAGCCCUGCAAGCUCUUUGGCUCUGGAGGAGGAGACAGACUCCAUGUCGCAGGACACGGCUGACACUCUUCCAGAGGAGGACAGGCUGGAGAAGACCAGCGAGAGAGACGCUCUGCUGGGCUCGUCCAGGACUCCCGAGGUAGAAGACAGCUUCCUGUAGCCACAUUGACAUGAACCCUGAGAAAACAAUGCCUGAAAAAGGGAACGUGACUAAACUAGAAUGUAGCAACAUUGAAACUGAGAAGGCGAUCUUUAUCUCCACUAAGCACUCGAAAAGUUUUGCCCUUCUUUGAGUUUUUGUAUCAAACAUAGUACCUCUGAAACUACAAUGGUUAGAAAUAAUGCAUGAUGUUACCAUCCAGUCAUUUAUUGGAAGCUUGCCAUAAUAUAAAUACAUUAGUAUAAAAUAAAUUAGUUUACAAUAAGGAAAGAUGCGUUUACUGUAUUUUCCAUUGUAGCCAGAGACUUAUGAGGCCUUAUGAGAUAUGUGAUUUUUAGUUAGCCAUAUGUUCCUUUUUGGCUGUUACUAUUUUAGCCCCCCUUUACUGUUCACAACCAGUGUAGAUUUUUAGAAAAGAGGGUAAUUUUCUGUUUUGUUUUUUACGAACAAUUUUAUUAGUUUUAAAAACACAAAGUGAUUUACACAACAAUAAAAACAAACCAUAAACAAAUACACACAUGAAAACAAAAUACUGUCCAAACAAGAACCAUAUGCAAUUCUCAUAUUAGUGGGGAUCAUUACCAUUAUGUCCUAAACCACGGCCAGCUGUGGAAAGUUGGUAAUUGAAUUAAAACUUUAUGUUGCAUUUUUUUCUUUACCUGAAGUACGAGCAACAACUGUGUUCACUAUUAUAUUUGUAAAAUGUUAUUCCCAGGACAUGAAAUACUGACAUAUUCUACAUGCACUGUUUCACUAUGAGAGAUACUUUCUUUUGAGCUACAUAUGCCAUAUGGAGGUUUCCAGUUUUCUUUUUUUCUGAGAAGUAUAUGAAAUGUAUAUACCAUUUGUGAAUUUUGAAUACUUAGUCUUAGGCUUAUGGAAGUUUAUUUCAUAGUUCUGUGCCAGAUUUGCACUUUAUUUAGAAAUGUGGAUAUUCAUAAUGAAGAUAUAAAUAUACUCUACAAUUAAGAUAUAAUACUUCAACUUUUGACUUAAAUAUGUGGCUGUUACAGUAAAUCAGUUUCUGUGAUGACAGGUGACUCUCACAAGUGGAAAUAAUAAAUACAGCGUAUCACUGCCUUAGCACAAGAUGGCACACAUGAGUGCCUUUGUAUAUAGACUGACAGAUGUUUGUCUUGUAGCUAUUGUCACUUGCUGAUACGAAGGGCUACUGUUUUACUCAACAAACCUAGAUAGCCAUAUGUGUACAUGUAAAGAUGAUGCUUUUAGGAUAAUAGCUUCAUUCUAUAACAUUCACUUACACAAUGUUUCAACUUUCAAUACUUAGUCCACCAUUUAAAACAACACAUUGUAAUAUUCUGUAGCAAUUUAAAAUGCACAAGAUCACUGUAUCACAAGCUAUGUUACCAAAGCUCUUCUUAACGUUUACAAAUGUAUUUUUUAUAUGUGCAGUUUUAUAUGUUGUAAAUGUGACAAUAAAUGUGUAUUAUCAUAGAA